AUGGCUCAUCGCAUUCUCAUCACCGGCGGCUCAGGCUAUCUCGGCGGCUCCCUGCUCGCCGCUCUCCCAACUGCCGAUCUGCCCCCAUAUGAGAAACUCUACGCGCUGGUUCGCACUGACGAGCAAGCUGCUGCCGUCAAGCAGUACGGAGCUGAGCCCGUCUCACUUGACCCAAAGGACGAAGCGGCCGUUCGCAAAGGCAUAAUCGAUCAUAGCAUCAAUAUCGUCUUCUUCCUCGUCGAUGCUUUCACAUCUGCCGCCCAGGUCAACUUCAUCAGAGCGCUUGGCGAGUUGAAGAAGACAACGGGAAAAGACGUGCACUUUCUACACACCACCGGAGCCAAGAUGUUCUCCUCCCACACUGGUGCCCCCACAGACGGACCUCUCAAGGACGACGACCCCAAUCUAUACCAAAUCCACCAAGCGCAGAAAUCCCCAAUCUCCAUCAUGCAAACGCCCAUUCACACGAACCUCACUGUAACGGAAGAAUCCCUCGCCCACAACGUCUCCUCCUACAUCUUCGCCCCCUGCAUCGUCUACGGCCGCGGCACCGGCUUCGGCAACGUCAUCUCCAUCCAAACCGCCGCGAUCGUCCGGGCGGCGAAAGCCACGCGAAAAGUCUACAGCGUCGACGACGGCGAGCCCUGCUGGCCCGUCUGCCACGUCUCCGACAACACGGGCCUCUACCUGGCGUUACUCUCCGCCAUCUUGGCCGGCUCGAAACCGCCGUCGGGGAAACAGGGGUUCUACCUCGCGUCUUCCGGGUUGGUGAAGUGGGUGCACCUGUAUGCUGCUAUGGCGGCAGAGCUGAAAGAGCAGGGCGUGGUGGACACGGCGGAGGUACGGCGCGCUGAUGAGGCGGCGUUGGAGGCAAUGGCGCGGGGACUGGGUUGUGGGACGCAGAUGGUCGGCGUGCAGUUGGGCGGGAAGUGUACGUUCAUGGCGGAGCAUGGGAGGAGCGUGGGCUGGGUGCCUAAUUAUAAACCCGAGCAUGUGUUGGAGGCGGCGGGGGAGGAGGUAAGACUGAUACUGGAGAAGCAGAAAUAA